AAUUUUUAUUAUUUAUAACAAACGUGCAGAUUAUACAAAAUGCAACAUUUUUGCACUGCAGCUUUCAUAGCUGUGUGUUUUUAUGGCGUUAUCGUUGCGGCCUCACCGCUUGCUGAAUUUUAUGAGCUGGUUAGCAGCGAUGAAUCAGCCCCAUGGCUCAGCAUUAUGAAUAUCCCCGAUGAUGUGGCAUGGGACGCUGAGCAGGCUGAGCAUUGCGAUGGCUGCAAGGAGCUAUCGCUGUCAUUGAGGCACAACUUUCAGACAAUCGAAAAGGAAGAUCUUAGAGAGAAGCUAUUUGAGUUAUGCGACAAGCUGCCAGGAUUAAAAUCGCCCUGCCUUGAUAUAAUGAUAAACCAUUAUAAUGAUGUGUACGCAUUUGUAAGCAAAGAGCUGCAGACCAACGACAUUUGCCAAAGUAAACAAAUUUGUAUUAAGCCCGAGGCAACAUCAGCUGCUGAUGUUAGCUGCAAGCAAUGCAGACAGUUGGUCAAUAAGCAGUUCAAGCAGCUGUUGCAAGGAUAUUGCGCCUUGACGCAUAAUUUCAAAAGAGAGUGUCUAAGCCUGUUGGAUGAGUAUGCGCAUGAUAUCUACAGCUUGCUGAAGAGCAAAGUGGAUGCUCAAGCAGUUUGUAUAUUCGCUGGUGUCUGUCAUAAGCAAGUUGCUGCAGCAGAACUUCCAGAGCUGUCCAAUAUUGUAGCAGACGAUGAAUUAGAUAUGAAUGAAGUUAGUGCCACUGCAGACAUUUGUUCACUUUGCGAGUUUGAAUUAAACAUAUCCAAAUCAUUUAUUGAUACGCCAGCUAAGCGAAACUUUGUGCUGCAAAAUCUAAACGAAAGCUGCAGCCUGUUGCCAAAAUUUUAUGCUCAACACUGCCAGCAAAUUGUUAGCAAGUAUGGCCCAUUGGUUCUGCAAUACUUAAGCACACUAACAACCAAAGACACCUGCGAACUGCUGCCCACUUGCCACAAAGCGUCAGCAGCUGACUUUGCCUUAAGCCUCGAGGCAGAGCAACAGCUAAGCGCCAAUCCCAAGUGUUCGGCCUGCAAGCAAGUGGUAAAAGUAUUGAAGGGGGUAGUGCAACAUUCAGCGAAUAUCGAUGUGGCUAAACAGGCAUGCAAGAAGCUAAAAGGACUGAAGCACAUUUGCACUGAAUUGAUUAAAAAAUCUGCACACAAAAUUAUUGAAAUGCUUAAGUCGCAUAAAGUGGAGGGCGAAAUUUGCAAAGCCGUUGGCGCCUGCAAACAUAAAACGUUUGUUGAACUUGCACUGGAGCAAGCUGAAGAUGAAGCUGAAGAGCAAGCCGAGCUUUCACUAGAGCCAGCUACUGAGCUUGAGCUGCCUGCCGCACUUGAAGGCUACAACAAGUGCAAAGUAUGUGAAGAAUUAGUCAAUACGCUUAAAUCCAUGGCACAUGCUAAUGAGAAUAUACAAAACGCUUUGAACCAUGUAUGCCUUAAGCUAAAAGCUGGCAGACCAUGUGCAGUAUUGGCCAAAAAAUAUGGCGCUAAAAUUGUCGAACUAAUGUCAAGGAACAUGGACACGCCAACAAUUUGCGCAGCAUUAAAUGCUUGCCAUCACAAAUUGCUGAUGGACUUUGAGCUAGAUGAAAGUCAAGCCUUGAUUGAGCCAACUUUGCAAAUGAAUGAACGUGACACUUUCUACCAAAGGCCUGCAACUUCAGAAUGUGAAGUGUGCAAUGCAUUGAUGCAGCACUUAAAAUAUAUUGUAGUAUUUCCUAAGGAAAACUUAGACAUUAAAUAUGUCAUGAGUAAGGCCUGCCAAAGUCUAAAACAUUUAAGUAAUGAAUGUCAACUCAUAGUCACUCAGCACGGCGAUCAAAUUGUGCAACUUUUGAAAAAGAAUCAGCCACUCAAAUUAAUAUGCAAUGAAAUUAAAGUCUGCCAGCCUUAUAAAUUAGUUGAGGACGACUAUCUGGUUUGGGAAUAACAAUAAUAGCCACAAUGUAAUUCUUUAUAUAUCAUUUUAUAACUAUAUCUAUAUUCGAAAU